AUGAGGACCGUGGGGCUGAGCCUGGUGCUGGCCUUGCUCUGCCUGCUGAGUGCAGAGGCUGAGGACCUCAGCGCCGAGGGGCUGGACAUGAGCAAGAUUGCAGGGAAAUGGCACAUCACUGCUUUGGCCUCUGACUCCGAGAGCUACCUCCGAAAGAAGGAUGAGCUGAAGAUGGCGAUGGCCACCAUCACGGUCCUGGGGGAGGGAGACCUGAAGGUCUCCUUUGCAAUUCCCACGCCAAAGGGGUGUAAGAAAUCAGAGUGGAUCUACAAGCAAACAGUCGUCCCGGGUGAAUACUACAGCCCCGAGAGAGGCAAUAAAACGGUGCAAGUGGUGGAUACCGACGGCAAGACCUACGCUGUUAUUUUUGCCUCCAGAGUGAAGGACAGGAAGACCUUGCACAUGCUGAGGCUCUACAGCAGAACCCGGGAGGUGAGCCCCAAAAUCACAGCACUCUUUAAGAAGCUUGCACGGGAGCAGAGCUUUACCAACAAGAUGAUCAAGAUGCUGCCCAGCCAGGAGGAAUGCAGCCUCAAUGAAGCGUAG